AUGAUCCCUUACCAUACCCUUGAAGAAUCAAAACAUGCACUUAGUAGAAACCUCACUUUUGCUGAGACACUUUGGUUCAAUUACUCAGCCAAAAAAUCUGACUUUGUUCUUCAUUGCCACAACAUUCUAUUCUUGUGCUUGUUUUACUCUAUAGCCCCCAUUCCAUUUGCAUUGAUUGAGCUAAGUGGAUACAAGAAGUUUAACAAAUACAAGAUUCAACCUUAUGUGAAAAGAACAUUCUUGGAAAUGUUCAUGUGUUACAAAUAUGUUAUGAAAACAUUUAUCUUUGCGGUUGGUCCUGUUCAGAUUGUUUCUUAUCCUACUAUCAAGUGGCUUGGAAUCAGAACAAGUUUGCCAUUACCAUCAAGCUGGGAGUUAUUUUGGCAAUUACUAGUUUAUUUUCUCAUAGAAGAUUAUGCAAACUACUGGAUCCACAGGAUGCUACAUUGUAAAUGGGGCUAUGAAAAUAUUCAUAAAGUUCAUCAUGAAUACAAAACACCUAUUGGAUUAGCAGCACCAUAUGCUCAUUGGGCUGAGAUUUGGAUACUAGGUCUCCCUGCAUUUCUUGGUCCAGUAUUGGUUCCAGGACACAUUAUAACCUACUGGUUAUGGUUCAUUUUGCGUCAACUAGAAGCCAUUGAGACACAUAGUGGUUAUGAAUUUCCUUGGAGUUUCACAAAGUAUAUACCAUUUUAUGGAGGUCCUGCGUACCAUGAUUAUCAUCAUUUUGUUGGUGGAACAAGUCAAGGAAACUUUGCUUCAGUGUUUACCUAUUGUGAUUACAUUUAUGGAACACAAAAGGGCUAUCAAUAUAAAAAGAGGAUGUACAAGAAAAUGUCCUAA